CACCAGCCCCGCGGCCCCGGCCAUGAGGUCGGGCCGGAGACACGGCACCUGUGCGGGGAGCUCUAUAUUUUGGUGCGAUCCAUCCCGACCCCGCAACUGAAGCCCCCGGAGGGAGAAGUGCUGCGCGCUGUGAUGCGUCUUCCUCUCGCCUCGGCUGCCAGUUUGGAUUGUAGCGCCCGGCUCCGUGCACUGCGAGGAUGGCUCGGUUCGGGGAUGAUCUGCCAACACGCUAUGGAGGUGGAGGGCCAGCCGGGGCUGGAAGAGGGAGCAGCCGGCAAGGUGGCCCCCAGGCCGGCCAAAGGAUGUAUAAGCAGUCGAUGGCUCAGAGAGCCAGGACUAUGGCUCUCUACAAUCCCAUCCCUGUCAAACAGAACUGCUUCACAGUCAACAGAUCCCUCUUCAUCUUCAGUGAAGAUAAUGUUAUACGGAAAUAUGCCAAGCGAAUAACAGAAUGGCCUCCAUUUGAAUACAUGAUUUUAGCUACAAUCAUAGCCAAUUGUAUUGUGCUGGCUCUGGAACAACAUUUGCCGGAUGGAGACAAGACACCUAUGUCAGAGAGACUGGAUGACACUGAGCCGUACUUUAUUGGAAUAUUUUGUUUUGAAGCUGGUAUAAAGAUCAUCGCUCUGGGGUUUGUUUUUCACAAAGGCUCUUAUCUCCGAAAUGGCUGGAACGUGAUGGAUUUUGUUGUGGUCCUCACAGGGAUUCUGGCAACCGCUGGGACUGACUUUGACCUGCGGACCCUGCGAGCUGUCCGAGUGCUGCGGCCCCUGAAGCUGGUGUCAGGAAUCCCAAGUUUGCAGGUUGUCCUCAAGUCCAUCAUGAAGGCGAUGGUGCCCCUGCUUCAGAUCGGGCUGCUCCUCUUCUUCGCCAUCGUGAUGUUUGCCAUCAUUGGGCUGGAGUUCUACAUGGGGAAGUUUCACAAAACCUGCUUCUCCAACGAGACAGGCGACGAGGUGGGAGAUUUUCCUUGCGGAGAGGAGCCCCCUGCCAGGCAGUGCGAGAUCGGGACCACCUGCAGGGAGUACUGGCAAGGGCCCAACUACGGCAUCACCAACUUCGACAACAUCCUCUUCGCUGUGCUCACCGUCUUCCAGUGCAUCACCAUGGAGGGGUGGACCGACAUCCUCUACAACACAAAUGAUGCUGCAGGAAAUACCUGGAACUGGCUUUACUUCAUCCCUCUCAUCAUCAUUGGCUCUUUCUUCAUGCUCAACUUGGUGCUGGGCGUCCUGUCAGGUGAAUUUGCCAAAGAACGAGAGAGGGUAGAAAAUCGCCGAGCUUUCCUGAAACUCCGUAGGCAGCAGCAAAUAGAACGGGAGCUAAAUGGAUACCUGGAGUGGAUCUUCAAAGCAGAGGAGGUCAUGCUGGCUGAGGAAGACAAGAAUGCGGAAGAGAAAUCUCCUCUGGACGGGAGGGCCGCCUCGGAAGGGCCGAUUCAACAAGGCACGGCACCGGCAGAGACUAGCAGCGGCAGCAGCUACAACAUGUUGAAAAGAGCUGCAAUAAAGAAGAGCAAAAAUGACCUGAUUCAUGCUGAAGAAGGUGAGGACCAUUUCACAGACAUUUGCUCCGUUGGGUCUCCUUUUGCCCGUGCCAGUUUGAAGAGUGGGAAGAACGAGAGCUCGUCCUACUUCCGGAGGAAAGAGAAAAUGUUUCGGUUCUUCAUCCGGCGCAUGGUGAAAGCUCAGAGCUUCUACUGGAUCGUGCUCUGCGUGGUCGCCCUCAACACGCUCUGCGUGGCAAUGGUGCACUACGACCAGCCGGAGAAGCUCACCACUGCGCUGUAUUUCGCAGAGUUUGUUUUUCUGGGUCUGUUCCUUACUGAGAUGUCUUUGAAGAUGUAUGGACUGGGGCCAAGAAAUUACUUCCACUCUUCAUUCAACUGCUUUGACUUUGGGGUCAUCGUGGGAAGUAUCUUUGAAGUUAUUUGGGCUGCGGUGAAGCCUGGUACCUCAUUUGGCAUCAGCGUACUGAGAGCUCUUCGACUGCUGAGGAUUUUCAAAGUCACAAAAUACUGGAAUUCACUGAGGAAUCUCGUGGUCUCCUUGCUGAACUCCAUGAAGUCCAUCAUCAGUUUGCUCUUUCUGCUGUUCCUCUUCAUCGUGGUGUUUGCUCUGCUGGGGAUGCAGCUCUUUGGAGGACAAUUCAAUUUUCAAGACGAAACACCAACCACAAAUUUUGAUACCUUCCCAGCUGCCAUCCUCACGGUAUUCCAGAUCCUGACGGGGGAAGACUGGAACGCGGUGAUGUACCACGGCAUAGAGUCGCAGGGUGGUGUCCACUCGGGGAUGUUCUCCUCCAUUUACUUCAUCGUCCUGACGUUGUUUGGUAACUAUACGCUCCUGAACGUCUUCUUGGCUAUCGCCGUGGACAAUCUGGCAAAUGCCCAAGAGCUGACCAAGGACGAGGAGGAGAUGGAGGAAGCCACCAACCAAAAGCUCGCUCUGCAGAAGGCCAAGGAAGUAGCAGAAGUCAGCCCCAUGUCGGCAGCUAACAUUUCCAUAGCCGCUUUUGUAAAGCAAACUCGAGGUACUGUAUCUCGCAGCUCGUCAGUCUCCAGCGUAAAUUCACCCAAGCAGCAGAACUCCUCCAAAUCCAAGUCAGUUUGGGAGCAGAGGACCAGCCAGAUCCGGAUGCACAAUUUCCGAGCCAGCUGCGAGGCGCUGUACAACGAGCUGGAUCCCGAGGAGCGGGUGCGUUACGCCACCACCCUCCACAUCCGUCCCGACAUGAAGACGCAUUUGGACCGGCCGCUGGUGGUGGAGCCGAGGGGCGAAGGGAGGAACAACAUCAGCAAGCUGAGCCCUGGAGACGUGCAGGAGGUGGAGCAGAGCAAGGUCAGCUCUGCCGAUGGAGCAGAAGCUCCACGAAAGCAUCACCGGCAUCGGGAUAAGGACAAACUGGGAGAGCAAGAGAAGUGCGAUGUGACCAAGGAGGAGAACGGGGAGUCUGGCACCAACAGUAAGGAGGAGCGGCACCGGCAGCACAGGAGCCGCAGCAAGGAGGUGGAAGGGUGCAGCAAGGAAGGGAAAAGUGACCGCACCAGGGGCCAGGAAGGGGGAAAGAGGCACCACCGCCGAGGGUCGGUGGAGGAAGGUGCCGAGAAGGAGCACCGUAGGCAUCGGACUCACCGGCACUCUGCUGAAAGGCAGGGCAAGGAAGGCAACGGGACGAUCAACGGGGCCCGGGGCGAGCGGCGUUCCCGACACCGGGGAGGGUCGAGGUCUGGGAACCGGGAAGGAGAGCCCUGUUCCAAGGGCGAGAACGGAGAAGAGCCUCACAGACGGCACAGGUUCAGGAACAGGGCGCUGUCGACGUACGAUUCAGUGGAGAAGGAGAAUGGGGAGAAGGAGGGGGAGGCUGGAGAGAAGGAGCACCGGAAUCAUCAGCCCAAGGAGAAUCAGUGUGAGAUCGAGGCUAGUGGAAGCGUGAGCGUCCCCGUGCACACCCUUCCCAGCACCUACCUGCAGAAAGUGCCUGAGCAGCCAGAAGAUGCCGACAACCAGAAGAAUGUGACACGCAUGAUUCAGCCACCUCUGGACAAAACCACCACUGUGAACAUCCCUGUGACCAUCACUGCCCCGCCGGGAGAAACCACUGUCAUACCAAUGAACAACGUUGAGUUUGAAAGUAAAACAGAGGAGAAGAAGGAUGUUGAUGACUUGACAAAAAACGGGCCUAAACCAAUCUUGCCUUACAGUUCAAUGUUCAUCCUAAGUCCUACAAACCCGAUUCGGCGUCUGUUCCACUACAUUGUCAACCUGCGCUACUUCGAGAUGGUCAUCCUCAUAGUGAUAGCCCUCAGCAGCAUUGCCCUGGCUGCAGAAGACCCUGUCCAAGCCGAGUCACCGAGGAACGAUGCUCUGAAAUACUUGGAUUAUAUAUUUACGGGUGUCUUUACCUUCGAGAUGGUGAUCAAGAUGAUUGACUUGGGGCUGUUACUGCACCCUGGCUCCUACUUCCGUGACCUGUGGAAUAUCUUGGACUUCAUUGUGGUCAGUGGGGCCUUGGUGGCAUUUGCCUUCUCGAGUUUCAUGGGAGGAACCAAAGGCAAGGACAUCAACACGAUCAAGUCGCUGCGAGUUCUGCGGGUCCUAAGACCACUGAAGACCAUUAAACGGCUGCCAAAACUAAAGGCCGUCUUUGACUGCGUGGUGAAUUCCCUGAAGAAUGUCCUCAACAUCCUCAUAGUCUACAUGCUCUUCAUGUUCAUUUUUGCCGUCAUCGCUGUGCAGCUCUUCAAAGGCAGAUUCUUCUACUGCACUGAUGAGUCGAAGGAGCUGGAGAAGGACUGCAGGGGUCAGUACCUUGACUAUGAAAAAAAUGAGGUGGAGGCACAGCCCAGGGAAUGGAAAAAAUACGAGUUCCACUACGACAACGUGCUGUGGGCUCUGCUGACGCUCUUCACCGUCUCCACGGGAGAAGGGUGGCCAACUGUAUUGAAGCAUUCAGUGGAUGCUACCUACGAGGAACAGGGUCCCAGCCCUGGCUACCGAAUGGAAAUGUCUAUCUUUUACGUGGUGUAUUUUGUUGUCUUCCCUUUUUUCUUUGUGAACAUCUUUGUGGCGUUAAUCAUCAUCACCUUCCAAGAGCAAGGAGAUAAAGUGAUGUCAGAAUGCAGCCUAGAGAAAAACGAGAGGGCCUGCAUAGACUUCGCUAUAAGUGCCAAGCCACUGACCCGCUACAUGCCUCAGAACAAGCAAUCUUUUCAGUACAAGAUGUGGAAAUUUGUGGUGUCCCCUCCCUUUGAGUACUUUAUCAUGGUCAUGAUUGCACUCAAUACUAUUGUUCUCAUGAUGAAGUUCUAUGAUGCUCCAGAAGCGUAUGAAGAAAUGUUGAAAUGCCUGAAUAUUGUGUUUACGUCCAUGUUUUCAAUGGAAUGUGUGCUGAAGAUCAUUGCCUUUGGUGUGCUGAAUUAUUUCCGAGAUGCCUGGAAUGUCUUUGAUUUUGUAACAGUGUUGGGAAGUAUUACUGAUAUUUUAGUAACAGAGAUUGCGGACACGGACAACUUCAUCAACCUCAGCUUCCUGCGGCUCUUCAGGGCAGCCAGACUUAUCAAGCUCCUCCGCCAGGGUUACACUAUCCGCAUCUUGCUCUGGACAUUUGUGCAGUCCUUUAAGGCCUUGCCUUAUGUGUGUCUUCUCAUUGCAAUGCUCUUCUUCAUCUAUGCCAUUAUCGGCAUGCAGGUAUUUGGAAACAUUGCGCUGGAUGACGAGACCUCCAUCAAUCGGCACAAUAAUUUCCGUACCUUCCUGCAAGCCUUGAUGCUUCUGUUCAGGAGCGCCACGGGGGAGGCCUGGCACGAGAUCAUGCUGUCAUGCCUGAGCAGCCGGGCCUGCGACCCCCUCUCCGGCCUCACCAAGAACGAGUGCGGCAGCGACUUUGCCUAUUUCUACUUUGUGUCCUUCAUCUUCCUCUGCUCCUUCCUGAUGUUGAACCUAUUUGUGGCUGUGAUUAUGGACAACUUUGAAUACCUGACGAGAGACUCCUCCAUCCUUGGGCCCCAUCAUUUGGAUGAGUUUGUUCGUGUCUGGGCUGAAUAUGACCCAGCUGCCUGCGGGCGCAUCAGUUACACAGACAUGUAUGAGAUGCUGAGACACAUGUCCCCACCUCUAGGCCUUGGAAAGAAAUGCCCUGCUCGUGUUGCCUAUAAGCGCCUGGUGAGGAUGAACAUGCCCAUCUCGCCCGAGGACCUGACAGUCCACUUCACGUCCACGCUGAUGGCCCUGAUCCGCACCGCCCUCGAAAUCAAACUUGCCACAGGGGGUGUCAAGCAGCACCAGUGUGAUGCUGAGCUGAGAAAGGAGAUCUCACUGGUUUGGCCCAAUCUGUCCCAGAAGACACUGGACUUGCUGGUGCCUCCCCACAAACCCGAUGAGAUGACCGUGGGGAAGGUCUACGCAGCACUCAUGAUAUUUGACUUCUACAAACAGAACAAGAACAGCAGGGAACAAGUCCACCAGCCUCCUGGGGGCCUGUGCCAGCCCGGCCCGGUGUCGCUCUUCCACCCCCUGAAGGCCACCCUGGAGCAAACCCAGCCCGCGGCGUUCAGCAACGCAAAGGCGUUCCUCCGCCAGAAAAGCUCGGCAUCGCUCAACAAUGGGGGCACGCUGCCACCCCCAGAGGGUGGGAUCAAAGAGUCCAGCUCCUGGGGGACCCAGCGCACCCAGGACAUGUUUUAUGAAACCAGAACACCAGCUUUUGAACGAGGCCACUCAGAAGAAAUCCCUAUUGAGCGGGUGGUGGAAAUGAGGGAAAUCAGCCCCACUCUCACCAAUGGAGAGCACCAGCCGGGUCUGGAGAGCCAGGGGCGGGCGGCUUCCAUGCCGCGCCUGGCUGCCGAAACUCAGAGGAGCAAAGCACGGUCACCUGGGAGUUACCUAGCACCCAUCCCGGACACGAGCCCCAUGAAGCGCUCCAUCUCCACGCUGACCCCGCAGCGCCCGCAUGCCAUGCACCUCUAUGAGUACUCCCUGGAGCGCAUGCCGACCGACCAGGUGCACCACCACCACCACCACCGCUGCCACCGGCGGAAAGAGAAGAAGCAGAAGUCCUUGGACAGGUCCCCACAUCAGCUGGCCGACGGGGAAGCCGUGGCCCAGUCUGGAGAGUCUUCUUCCAAGGACAAGAAGCAGGAGCGCGGCCGGUCCCAGGAGAGGAAGCAGCACUCCUCCUCCUCCUCCGAAAAGCAGCGCUUCUACUCCUGCGACCGCUACGGCAGCCGGGACCGCUCCCAGCCCAAGUCUGCUGAUCAGAGCAGGCCCACCUCGCCCAACGGGGGGCCGGAGCAAGGCCCGCACAGACAGGGCAGUGGUUCGGUUAACGGGAGCCCCUUGCUGUCGACAUCUGGUGCUAGUACCCCCUGCCGGGGUCGGAGGCAGCUCCCGCAGACCCCCCUGACCCCACGCCCCAGCAUCACUUACAAGACCGCCAACUCCUCGCCCGUCCACUUCACCACCUCCCCGGGCGGCCUGCCCCCUUUCUCCCCGGGACGCCUGAGCCGCGGUCUGUCCGAGCACAACGCGCUGCUGCGCGGGGACCAGCAGCCGCCCCCGGCCGCGGUGGCCCGCAUCGGCUCAGACCCCUACCUGGGCCACCGUGAUGCCGCCGACAGUCCCUGCGGUGCGGCGCCCGAGGACACGCUCACCUUCGAGGAGGCGGUGGCCACCAACUCGGGGCGUUCCUCCAGGACUUCUUACGUCUCCUCCUUGACCUCCCAGUCUCACCAAGCCCGCCGGGUGCCCAACGGCUACCACUACACGCUGGGGCUCAACACGGGCCCUGGCACUGGCGCCCGGGGACGGAGCUACUACCACGAAGCCGACGAGGACGACUGGUGCUAGCGGCACGGCGAAGCCCUCGGAGGUGUGCAAAGUCGAUGAGUUUUAUCAUCUGGAAGGCUGUGCGCUCAGACACGCGGUGCCCGGGGGCAGCCCCCGCCGCCAGAACUGCUCUGCCCCACUCCGAGACCUCCGGAGACACUUGUGCAGCCUCUCUCCUGCCCCCUUUUUUUCUUUCUUAUUUUUUUUCUAUUUUUUUUUUCCCCACUAAAAUAUACCAAGGAAGAAGGCUCCCUCCUGGGGGGCAGCGCAUCUUUCCCCCCUUCUCGCCCACCUCCCUGCUGCCUUCAAAGAUGUGCACCAGAUGCCAAACCCGCGAGGCACGCGAGGAGCCAUGAUGGCGGACAAGUAGGCCGUCGAUCCUUUUUGGGCUUGGCACCAUUUUGGUUGGGCUAUGCCUUUAUUUUUUAUUUUAGUUUUCUCCCCGCCCCAGUCAGGGUGGGAGUCGGGGUUGCAAAAACGGACACCGGCGAACAAAGCUUGACCCCGCGUUUUAUCUCGUUCACCGCCGAGAGGGAAGAGAUCUACCUAAGGAACUGGGAGAGGAGGAAAAAAAAAACAACCCGCAGAUCGGAACAAAGGACGGUCCGUUGGGACUUGAUGUUCAGCCGCAGCGCCCCUUCCCAGCCGAGCCAGAAACUCGCUGCUUUGCCCCCGCCGCUGCGUGGCCCCCUCACGCUCAUCUCCACUUCGGGUCCUUCCCACCCAGCCACCAGAAAGCCACCCGAGAGCCCCUUCGUCAGGACUGCUUCCUUGCUGCUGAGACUUUUCUUCCCGUCCCUCUCUCCUGUCGACUGCAACACGCCCUCACUGUUUUGUCUUGUUUACAAUAUAAGCUUGAUUUAGCAAAAAAAAAAAAAGAAAAAAAAGGAAAACCUAAAAAACAGGAAAAAAAAAGGAAAAAAGUGUAGGGGUGAGAAGAAGAAAUGUUAUUGGUUUUAUAUCAAGCGAUUAGAUAGAACUUUAACUUUUCAUUGUGUGCAUUUUUGUAAAUUGUACAGUAAAAAAAAAAGAAAAUGGAAAAAAAAAA